UAAUAUUUUAUUAAAUAUAUAUUUAGAUAACAUAUCAGAACUUCAUGAAGGUUAUUUGGGAAUUUUCAGUACCUAAGUGCUAUUUCAAAAAAAAAUAAUAUUUAUAUAUAAGAAAUCUAUACUAGAUGUAGUAAGUGUUUCAUCAUAGCUGAAAUGAGAAAGUUCAAACAACAAUAUCAAAUAUCGUGCGGUAUCUGCGGGAUGUAAGUGAGCAUUUUUUGAAACGAGAAAAUGAGAAAAUAAAUGAUAAAAUAAAACGAUUUUGAGACAAAUUGUUGUAUUCUUUUUUAACCACAAAUUUAUUACAUGUAAUACAAGUCUCAGUCUCUAAUAUUUUUCACUAUAAUAUGUAUUUGCUGAACCUAAUAUAAAAAAAAUGCUUGUUAACAAAUGAUAUGAUUAAUAAUGACAAAUAUAGCAUCAAUAGUAUUACCUACCUACUACAAUAUUAACGAAUAAAUAAAUGAAUUAUUAAUGGAUUUUACUAUGUAAUCAAUGCGUUUGUAUCACAUUGGUUUCUGAAAAGAAAAAAAAAUAUAAAAAUAACCCGUUUAUAUACCUAAGUAACAUCAACACAACAACAACAACGAUAACAACAAUAGCAGCAAUAUUAUUAUUACUAAAUGGUAUUGGAGUAUUAUAAUAUUUUGAUUAAAUUGAUUUGAAAUGGAAAAUACUAUAAGUUUCGAUAUUUUAUAUUACAACUGUCUAAAAGGUUUCAAAAAGAACGAAUCGGUGGUGGAACAACAUCAGCACCAGUUGCAGAUAAAGGGCAGACAAACCAAUCAGCUUCAGUUGCAGUACGACAGUGCAAUGAACGUGUCCACGCAGACAGGACAAGACGUGCCGGACAUGGAUUUCGACGCUGAGAAGCUCACCCACGACCCACAUUGCUACGAGUGCCGGGUGAAAUUCAGGGACCCGAAACCAAAAGACCUCAUCAUGUACUUGCACGCUUGGAAGUACAGUGGGCCUGGAUGGAGUUACGAGACGGACCUUCCAGUGUGGGCCAACGUCGAAUGGAAGGAGCCGGAAUAAAUUUGAAAUAAUUAUGGACCUAUUACAGCAACAGGGUGGGCCUUACGCGAGUCGAUUGACCGAAAAAUAAACUGUUUUUGGAAACUUCUAUAAUUAAGAGCUUUUUUUCGGUCAAAUGACUAAUAAUAAUAAGAUAUAUAAUUGUGGUGGCCCCCUUCUGUAUAAUAUUAUAUAAGUAUUAAUAAAUAAUAUUUAAAAUAAAUAAUUACUAUUAUUCUUUAUCGUGGAUUUCGUAGUACUCGGAAGUAAAAAAUUAUAAGAUUAAAAAACAAUGAGUGCUCGCGGUUAUUAUUUUCUUUCUUUUUUUAAUAUUGUGAUAAAUAAUAACUGUCGUCUUGCAAGAAAAUCUAUACUUUAUACAAUAUUUAAUAUUAUGAUGAAAUUAUGCGUUGUAAUUAUAAUAUAUUAAAAUAUACACGUCAUACAAUAAUAAUUAUAAAUAUAAUAUAUAUAUAUAUUAUAUAAGCUAUACCUAUAUUUAGGUGCGAUAUAAUACACCAACACGAUAUCAUAAUGAUAUUUAUGUACGAUAAUUAUUGUAAUGAUAUUAUACUUCAUCAAAACGAUUAUAUUAUAUUAUCUUUUAUGACCGUGUGUCACGAUUUUGUGUGUUUGUGUGUGUAUUUGUGUGCUUUUUGGUGUGAGUGUGAUUUUUCACCAGCAUAUUUUGACUUACUUAAGCAAAAAAAUUAAAUCUACAAUAACUAGAAAUCAGAAUCGGGAUUUUUGUGAGUUUUUAAAUAAUAUUAUUAUUCUUCGUCGUCGUAAUUUUAGUGUAUUCAUUUUUUUUUCUUUCGAAUACUAUAAUAAUUUUAAGAUUAAAAUUAUAAUAUUACAAAUGAUUGUUUAUAAGAAAAAAAACCACUUCAUAUUACCAAUAAUAAUUAAGUUAUUUAUUAUAAUACAUAUAAUUAUUAUUAUUAUUAUUAUUAUUAUUAUACUAUCUACUAUCGCGCUCUGUAACCGUUGUAUUCGCUAAGACAUAAUGUUUUUGUGAUUAGUUUUGUGUUGGUAGUUAUGGUUUUAUUAUUGUUAGAGCUUAUGUAUUAUUAUUAUUAUUAUUAUUGUUAGUCAAAUAUAGACACUUAUUAUACUAGCAUAUACCUAUAGUAAUGAAUAAUAAUAAUUAUAAUUUAUGAUUAAUGUUAUUCUUAAUAUUAUUAUCAUUAUCAUUAUGUGUAUUACUUUAUUAUCAUUAUUAUUAUUAUAAUUAUCAUUAUUAUUAUUAUUAUUAUUAAGCAUAACGGUUGGCCUACACCGAGCAAUGUGCAGUGUUGUCCACACAAGGUGAACCGAAACGCAGUUUUUUCGUAGUCAUUUCCAUGUAACACUUAUAAUAUAUGUGUCGUACUUAAUAUCUCUCGGCUUGACCGACAGUUAGUGAUUUCCAUAAUCCAUAAGUAGGAUUAGUAUUUGUUUUUAUUUCAAACUAUUGUAGUUAUUAUUUGUCUAGUGUGCUUAAUAGAAUAUUAAACAUUGAAAAAGAACAGUAUUGUA